AUGCACUUGAACGUCAUCGUUGCGCUCGCGCUGCCGCUAUUCGCCGCGGGCGCGAAUAUCGGACAUCGGCACAGUCACAAGCAUGAGAAGGUCAACCCUCGUGCUAUGCAGACCAACGUCGUCAUCGUAACUGAGACGAUCUUCAUGACCGUCACUCUUGAGUCAACCUCAAGCUCUGCGCCUUCCGGCUGCUCUAUCACUACUGUCUCUACUUCGCUGCCUGAGCCGUCCGUUACCGUCGAGGUUCCACAGAAGGGCGUUCCCGACGUCGCAUCCACGUCCGCAGCUUCUGUCACUCCUUCCGGCGCUCCUCCUGCUCCAGAUGGAAUGUACGCCCCUCUCAACUCGGUCCCGAAUCAGGCUAUCAUCGUCAACUCUUGCGACUAUGACGUCUAUGUCUCGUCCAUCGGCGAUAACAAACAAUGCGACAACAGUCCCGGGAGCGACUGCGUGACUGUAUCCGCUAACAGUACUUAUACUGAACCCAUUCGUACAUGCCACAAGUCCGGUAUCUCUCUCAAGGUUGCAAAAUCUAAGAGCAUGGAAAAGCCCAUGCAAUUCGAGUACACCGUCUGGGACGACCACGUCCAGGUAUCUUACGAUAUCUCCUACCUCGACUGCAUGGACAAGGACGGCACCAACUUUGACAAUUGCGCCGGCCACGAGAAGGGCAUUCAAGCCGCUGCUAAGGACGGCCCAGUCUUCCAAUGUGUCGCAAAUGAGCCAUGCGCUCAGCAGGCCUACGUCGUUCCCGAAUUCGGAUACUUGCCUGACGCCCCAGUUGGCGGUUCUACCAUCGACAAGGGCGUUGCCUUUGAGAUCUGUGCUGAGAACAGAUCGUGA